AGGCGCAAAAUCUGGAUCUGUAGUAGACACAGCCGCAUUGACGACAGUUCAGCAAAGUCGUGAUACGACAAAACGACGAGCAUGAUUCCAAGCGUACAAACUGUCUGGGGAAAAGCGAAGGACAGUUUUAUGGCCGAUUCUGAAAUGGAGGGUUGCCAAGUGUUCGCUUUCUGUAUCUGGCUUUCAAGUUGUAAUCACCUGCACAUUAGCCUGUAGUGUUCUCUUCUCCACAUCACCACGACUUAUUUGACGCGGUUUAUGCAAAGAUGCAGACGGCUGUGACGGAAAUCUCAAUGACAGUCACGACAAAGAUCUUUUCAAUUAAAUCUCUUGUGCUUUCUGCUCAGCCGUUUGCAGCCGAUGCUGCAGCAUCUCGUAAUUGUUCAAGCUGGGGAUGGAUUUCAUCUGGAUCUGCUUGCUGGUUUUGGGGAUGGCGAGAGCUCAAGCACAAGUUUGUCCUCUAAACUUCAGCUCCGUUCGCUACACUAAGCUCGACAGCUGCUCGUCGGAACCGGACAGUGGCUUGGAGCCAUCCGAAUGUUGCAAAAACGCUUUGGUCUACUUGUCUCGAGUGAUUGCCGUCUACACCAACCAGACAGGAGGUUCCUCAUUGUUUUUGAAUGAAACACUGAGUCAAGCUUGUUGGGAAGCCACACACAGCCUGGACUUGGGAAUUAGCUACGACUACUGCAACUUCGCGCCACCCCGCUAUACUGCUUACCAGUUACCCUGCAACUUCGGUACCAUGGGCGAGCUGCUGGGUAACUUGACAACGGCACAGGUGACUUUCAAUGAUGUCCUAAGCUCUUGCACGCGGCCCCGAAACGAUGCCGGAUGCCUUCAUAACUUCUCGACUAGCGCCUUGGAACUGGCACGCAACCUCAACGAUUCGGUGGAUAACUGCGCAACCUCUCUCCUUGUUGGCGUGAUCAGCAGAGAUAUCUGGAACGAGUCUUGGGCCAGCUUCUUGACUCAACUGAGUGUGUUUGGAAUUCUUUCUUCUCCCAGCCAUAAACGAGAGGUAGUAUUGGAAACGUCGUUGAUAUUUGUCUGCAGCUUUAUAGCAGUUGGAGGAGCUCUCGUAUUGCUUUCGUUUUUUUGUCGGAAGUAUGCAUCAAAGAAGGAAUCGGACAAAAUCGGGUCCAGCAGCUUCGAAGAGCCAAAGGACCAAGGCAAGUUGCUGCACACUGAACUUUACAGAUUUUCCAGGAAAGAAAUCUGGAAGGCCACCCGAAACUUUAGCAGUGAAAACUAUCUUGGCUCAGGAAGUGCUGGACUGGUUCACAAAGGUGUUCUUCCCAGCGGACAGCUUGUGGCCAUCAAGCACAUCGACAAAGAGAAAAAGGCGGACACUUUCUUCCAGGAAGUAGAGAGCUUGUCCAAAGUGAGACAUCCGAACUUGGUGAGCCUCCUGGGCUACUGCCAGUCCUUUGAGGGUUAUUACCUCGUGUAUGAGUUUUGUGCCAACGGGAACCUGUGGCAAUGGCUAUUUGGAGACAGACCUCCUCUGACAUGGGAAGAACGUCUCAAUAUUGCUGUCGGAAGUGCUCGAGGACUGUUUUUUCUUCACACCAACGUGGGAGGAGCAAUUAUUCAUCGGGAUGUCAAGCCAACCAACAUACUUCUCAAUGACAAUAUGGAAGCCAAACUCUCUGAUUUUGGUUUGUCAAAGUUCAUAACGAUGGAGGAAUCGCACGUUUUCACAGAAGUCAAGGGAACAUCUGGCUAUCUGGAUCCGGAGUACAUGUCAAGGGGGCAGCUCACGCUGGCGAGCGAUAUCUAUAGCUUCGGAAUCGUUCUCCUCCAGCUUGUUUCCGGAAGAAGGUCGAUUGACUUUGCUCUACAACACCGUUACUCACUCGUCAGAGCUGCCCAAAGAGUUGCCGAGAGAGGAUCAGACAUCCACAAAUUCGCUGACCCGCUGAUGGAUAGGAAAUUCUCAGCCGCUGCAGCUCUAAAAAUCGUGGAGAUCGCCGUGUUUUGUACCGCCCAGAGCAGCUACGAUCGUCCAACCAUCAAGGAGAUCAACGAAACGCUCGAGGCAGCCGUGAAAACAUCAAAGGCCGACUACGAGUUGCAAGAUAGCAGCAGGACGCAUUCAUCACCGUCUAGGACAACUCUCCCUCUCCCUCCAAAUCGAGUUCUUCCGAGGUUAACGAUCUAAUAAGAGUGUCCUACUUAGCGCAAAGAUACUGUACCACGUGGGGGAAUAGUCUAAGAAUCUAUUGCCGAGGUCGUGGGUUCGAAUCGCAUCGUGGCGAGGAUCUGGGCGAUUGAUUUGCUUGGGCCCAGGGGAAAGGCAUACUCUAGAGAGAAAUCCCAUCUCUAGGCCUUGAUCUUGGCACGAUCGAACCACAAAGGGGGUCCCAAUUUCAGCGUUUUCUCUCGCGACGUGGAGAUUUCCCUUGAAUCUUUCUAUUGAGCGCAAAGUCAAUAUACGUGUUGUGAGGUCUCCCUCCUCGCUCUCUCUCUCUCUCUCUCUCUCUCUCUCUCCUAUACAUUUCUUCCAUUCCUCUCUCUCGAUCAGGUACUACUUCUAAUCCUCGAUCGCCCCACUCGAUCGAUGGGGGCUAUGGAUGUCCAGCCUUACGCGCCAGAAUCCAGCUACAAUUACCCGCGGCACUACUUGCCCAAUUCGCAUUCCUAUUCCUAUGGCUAUGCCGGCGACGACGCGGACGAUCGCGGGCAAUCCAAGAGGGCGGCCAAGACGAAGAGAGGCGGAUCCCUGCGGCUUGCGAGCCUGGGGUGGAAUUCCAGCGAUCCGGAGGCAAAGAGGAAGCGGCGCGUCGCGGCGUACAAGCGAUUCGAUUCCAGGAGGCGAGUGGGCGAUUCGGUGAAGAGGGGCGUGCGGUGGAUCAAGAUUAGAUGUUUCCGCCUGUGCUACCGCUGGUGGUGAUCGAGCGGGCGAGCGAGAGCUAGAGAGAGAAGGAAGAACCCUAAAAACAGAGCAUCCGCGAAAACGAAAUGUAAAGACUCUAAAAUAAAAUGUGAAAAGCUUUUAGGGCUU